AUGUCUGGAAGUAUGAAGACCAACACCACAGAGAAAAGUUACACAAAAGAAGACUUUAUCACUAUGUUUAAUUUACUCCAUGUUUCAUACAUGGUACUUUUAACUGGGAUAAGUUUACUGGGAAUAACUGGAAAUGGUCUGGUCAUCUGGUUUGUUGCUUUCAAAAUGAAGAAGACAGUCAACUCUGUUUGGUUCUCAAGUUUAGCUUUUGCUGAUUUCACCUUCUGCCUUCUCCUACCCAUACUUGUCAGUUACAUGGCCCUUGGCAAUCACUGGCCAUUUGGAACCUUCAUCUGCAAGCUUGGCUUUUUUGCAGCUUAUCUCAAUAUGUGUGCCAGUGUCCUACAACUCACCGUCAUUAGCAUUGAUCGCUGCAUCUCCGUAGUCUUCCCUGUCUGGUGUCAGAACCAUCGCACUGUGAGACUGGCCAUAAAAGUUGCUCUUGCUGUUUGGAUUGUAUCUAUUCUACUGAAUAUAUCUUACUUAAUAAAUACACACGCAGAUGACAGUGAUGAAAACUUUAAGGCUUGUUAUAAAGAAUGGUUAAUGCAACGUGCACAAGUCAUAAUACGAUUUAUUGUUCUGUUUGUUAUACCUUUUACCAUCAUUAUCUUCUGUUACACUCUCAUCUUUUUGCGCAUUCGAAGAAAUCCCAGAUUAACAUCUACCAAGCCUUUCAAAGUUAUUGCUGCCGUCAUCAUUUCCUUCUUUAUUAGCUGGCUUCCUGGCCAUGUAUUCUCCCUCUUGCAUUCAUAUGGAAGUGACACAUGGAAUUAUAAUGUCCGGCUUGUGAUUUAUAUAUGCCAACUUUUAUCAACAUUGUUGGCUUUUUCCAACAGCUGUGUUAACCCUCUUCUCUAUGUCUUCAUUGGCAAAGACUUAAAGGAAAAAUUCUGGAUCGCCAUUAAAUCUGCUUUUGAGAGAGCUUUCACCGAGGACACCAACCUGACAGAUCCAAAGAGACGCCGAUUUGUACCUGAUCAUGCCAUAAGCUAAAAAUUGUUGUUUCAUGACCUAUUAGGAGAUGAAUUUCCAACAUUUACAAAUUUAUAUUACAGUAGUUAUAGUAAGGGUUCUUCCAAAGGUUGCUGGGGGUUUCUUGAGCAAUGAGCACUUUCUGCCUCUCAGAUAAGUGUCCACUGACACCAUUCAUCUUUUUAGCUAUCUGUAAGGGGG